UGCAUAGACUUGCCUGAAAUACACAAAAUCAUGAUCGCAUACAUGAAUCUAAACCGUCUAUUUUGGAUGAUAUGUUGUCCUCACUCUAAUCUACUCACAUAUACGUAUAACGACUAACUAACAACUCUAUACAUAUACGCUAAAAACUUCACAUAUUCAACGCAUUCUUACACCGUCGUCCUAGGAGCAGAGAAGCCAUUACUUGGCGUUCAUUACCUACAUACCAAGGUAAUAACGUUUGGUUAAUCAAUGAAAUACCUCGUGGCAAGCAACUAUGUAUAUUCGUAACCGUAUUUCGUUACUCACAUUUUCGCGCCAAACACAGAUCAAAGUAUAAAUAAAAACCCUUUCUUCUUCAAAAUCUCACUCUUUCUUUCGCAUCGCUAUUUCAUCAUUCUCCUCAAGAAUUAGGGUUUCUUCCUCAAAUCCUCUCACUUUCUCUCUUCUCUUCUCCCAUUUCACAAUGCUGAGAAAUCUCCAAGAACACGAUUCAAAUUACUCUGAUUCUCUGUUUGUUCGCAUCAUAGCAUGCGAAUUAUGCUGCAGUACUUGUAAUCCAAGGCGCAAGAAAAACAUCAAUGAAGGGAAACCGUUUGAAGAUAUGGAGUUUCUUGAGAAGCUUGGUGAAGGUGGUUUUGGUACAGUUUUCCGUUGCUGCGACGUCGAAACUAAACAAAUCGUGGCUGUUAAGCAAAUCUCUAUUCUUGACACUUAUAAUGCUGUUCCUGGUUCCAUCAUCAGAGAAGUCUCGUUUCUUAGAGAAUUGAAUCAUCCUAACAUUGUUAGGUUGUUGAAGGUAAGGUACAAGAAGGGAACAAGACUCGUGCACUUGGUUUUAGAGUAUCUUGAUUGUGAUCUUCAUGAUUACAUUAUUGACGCAGAACGCUUCAAUUCAUCUAUUAACAAUCCAAUGACUAAAAAGAGUUUUCUGUAUCAGAUACUAUCUGCGGUGGAGUACUGUCAUUCUCGGAAGAUUAUUCAUAGAGAUUUGAAACCGAGUAACCUUUUAAUUGAUCAUUCUAAAGAGAUAAUCAAGUUGGCUGAUUUUGGCUUGGCUAGAGAGUUGGGAGAUCCUGACGUGUUAUAUUCGCCGAAGGUAGCAACUCGGUUUUAUAGGGCACCUGAGUUAUUGUUUGAAUGUGGCCAAUAUUCAACUCCAAUUGAUAUUUGGUCUGUGGGCUGUAUUUUUGGUGAGAUGGUACUUGGACUACCAAUUCUCCGAGCAAUUGAUUGCAAGGAUGAACUAGAGACGAUUUUCAGAAUGUUCGGCACCCCAACAGAGGAAACAUGGCCAGGGGUCACUACUUUAUGUGCUAACCUUCAAACCUAUCCCAAAUUUAGACCAAUGGACCUGUCAUCAAUUUUUCCUCCUUUUGAUCCAACUGGUCUUAAUCUUCUAAUGAGGAUGCUUUGCUUGGACCCAAACAAGAGGAUUUCUGCCGAAGCUGCUCUUAGACAUGCUUACUUUGAUGACUUGGAUCCGGUUAUUAAAGGAAGAUCAAAGUCCUAAUCAGCUGAAGAAGUGGAGACAGUUCGGUUUAAAUUCUUUGGAUGACUUUUUUUUUUUGUUACAAUUUUUUUGGAUGACUAAGUGUUGAAUGUUUAUUUUAGUCCUCCUAUCCCUUAUUUUUCAUAACCAUUCCCCAUUCGUUACAAGGGCAAUGCACGUAUAAAUUGCUUUGUUAGUAUUUUUAAUUGUUCGUUAGU